AUGUUAAACUUAUCUGAUUCUUUAGAAUUUCAUCCUCCUGCUACAAAUUCUAUACCAAAGCAUAUUGACGACUAUUAUUAUGAUUUUCCAUUACAGUUUACCCCACAGUCAUCAAUAAUCAUCACUCCUCCAAUUUCAAGCCCAAGAGACGAGAAAACAAAUGAGGAAUUUUCAUCACAAAAACCGUCAAUAGAAGGAUCUCCAGUAUAUUUAGGCGAUUCAAGAAGAUCAAAUAAAGUCUCAGCUAUGAGAAUCGAAGACAAGCUAAUGCAGAAACAAGUUUUGGCACAGAAACGGAUUGAAGAUUUAAGAACGAAAAGAGAAAAAGAAGAAAUGGGCAAAAUGAGGAACAAACCAAAAAUUUCGAAAAAAUCCCAAGAAUUAGCCAAAAAAGCUGAACAAAAAUUAUUUGGGGAUUUAUUUGUAAAUAUUUCGAAGUCUAUUAUAUCAGAUAUAAAGAGUGAGGUAAUUGAACAGAGAUCGCCUUUUAGAUCUUCACAAGAGUGCUCUCCGAUCUAUAUUUCCCCAACAGAAGCAAGCCCUGAAUCAAAUAACAUGAGUAGCCCAACAUUCAAAACGACCCCUUUUAACGAAUCAAUUGAAAAACAGUUUACAAGCCAUCAGAUUGCAAAAACACCUGAGCCUAAGCCUAAGAAAACUAUAAAAAAGAUUCCAAAAACGCCUUCAACAUCCACCCGAUCUGCUUCAGUGCAUUCAAGAAAAGAAAAAUCUCAAUCAAAAAGUUUGCUUAAUUUAUCAGUUUUAGAAUAUACAUAAAAUGGCCGGAGACGAGCGACCCGUCCUUCCGUGGCGGGUGUCCUUAUGUAUACCGGACGUGGUUUUUGGAUGCGGAGAGCUACUCAAGGGAAGAGUUAGCCUCGAGGCGAGAGGCCCAGCCCAAUUUCCGCUGAUUUUGGGACUUGACCCGGGCAGCAGUUUUUCGCAUUCUUUUUGCCAGUAGCGCCGAGGCCCAGACUCGGUGUCCGAAAGAGGCAGGGUGAACUACCUGCCUAGGCUACUUGGUGGCUUAGCCCCGAAUCCCGCAAGGGGUUGAGUUCUUUCUUGGAGAUCGGGAAAGAGGGGAGGCGAAGCUCGACACAUAUCUCAAGGGCACAAGUCUCUCCAGUCGAAAAGGGUCCCGAUCAAAAGGGGCGAUCUGGCCAGAGGCGAGCAGGGUUGGGUAGACAUGGCCUCGAGUUGGAAAUUGGUGGUUCCCGGCAAAAUCCGUAUGACCCGGAUCAGGAGGGAAUUUGCCACUACCGAGAAACCGGGGUUUCGGCCCGGGCUCGAGUGCCUUUAGGGUGCCCACCCCGCAGCGGGUCCGCUGCGGAACGCGAAGAAUUUGGAAGUAGGGACUAUAAACACACAGCUUUAAUCUAAUCUAAUCUAAUCUUAUCAGUUUUGGAAAGAAGUAACAGCUGAGCAAAAGAAAAACAUCAAAAAGUUAAUAAAAUGAUAAAAGCGAAAGAGGAAAAAGGAGUUGAGGAAUGCACGUUUUCGCCUGUUAUUUAUUCUCGCGUGCCUCAUCAUCUUCAUAAUUUGAAAGCUAAAGAGCUUCAUAAUAUGAGCAAAUCUAAAGGAUCGCUUAUGAGUGGCUCAAUAUCAAAUAGUAAUUCUAUUAUACAUCUCACACCUAAUGUUUCACUUUAUCAUCAAGAAAAUUCUUUGCAGCAGCUUAAAUCUUUGCCGAUACAGUAUACUUCACUUACUCCUUGCCAGUUUAGAGUUUCGUUUAAAUCUGGCUGUGAUAUAGCAAGCUUUAUGACAAGGGCUAACCGAUGGGGCUAG